AGGAAAGGGGAGGUGCAGCAAUGGCGGACAAGCCGAGCCGCGGGCUGGUGCUCUACGCCGCGGGGCACGCGGCGCUGCUCCCUCCGGCGAGCGGCGGCGGCGGCGGAGCCGGAGGAGGAGGGGGAGGGAGCCACCUCGACGCCUUCGCGUCUCUCGCGUCAUGUGGCUUCCUCUCCCUCCGCUCGCCCCCUCUCGCGAGUGGGGAGGAGAAGCGUGACAGCACGAUUCUUGAGCUCGCGCAGCUGCUCGACGUGUACGAUGAUCUCUUCCCUGCUAAGACUGAGAAAACUGGUCAAGAGACUGCCCAGGUGGAUCCACUGCAACUAGCAGUUCCCAAGCUAUCUGAGAGGUUUAUGGGGAUCAGAGCUGCCAUGGUCACCAAUUGCCCCCUUGUUAGUUCUUUUGCAGCAAAUCUUGGUUUUCAUGUAUCCGGGACUGAAGAUUUAGUUGCACAAUCUGGAUCUUCCGCUGCUUCUAAGGAGGCUGGAAUUAUUUCCCAGGCGUUAAGUCUGCUUGGAUUUUCAGAGGGGAAUGUUCAGGAGACAUCUGAAUUUGAUCUGGUGUUUCUGCAUGUUGCCAUGGAGAAUACAAACAGCAAGUUGGGAAAAUUGGGAAUGAAGACUGAUCUAAAUCGGCUUGAUAAAUUAGUUGGUGCAAUCAUGGAAGCGGCGCCCAUAAGUUCAGCUAUCGCCUCCCGUAUUCUUGUAUCUGUGAUGUUGAGCUAUGGGUCUGCUGCUGAAAAUAAGGAUGAGUUUUCCAUCUCAAAAUCUUCGACUGAAAUAGAUUCUGACUUGAACUUGCUUCGCCCACGCCAGAGCUAUACUAUGAAAGCAGGAAAUACAUUGGAUGAUGUUAGGAAUCAUCAUCCGAUUCUGUUAGCACAGUGGCAGGAAGGAGUUACACGCUCUGAUUUGACCGAAGGGUUCUCUUUUGAGGAAUUCAUAAAGCGUGGUGGAAAUCUUGCUAUGCUUGCUGAACGCUUUCUACAUGAGGUGGCAUUUAAGCUCUGGAAAGCUCCUAAAUAUGGAGCUUAAAUCUGCCUGAGAAGAUCCUCUCUAAAUAAGGCGCGAAAAUAAUAAAAAGAGAAUGAUCUGUUGGGUUCCUUCUGUAAAUGGGAACUGCAGAUAUUGCAAAUAGAUGAGUUUUGGAGGAGACGUACUCUCCCAAGGUUACAGAAUUGAUAAAGGAGAUGCUGAUAAACUGAAAACUAGUACGGUUUUUACUGAAUUGAUGGGAGAUUUGUACUGUGCUUAUCCGAUGCUUUUGAACGGAGGAACUUUCCUGAGCUUAUGUGAAACGCCGUUGCUGUUUGUGUAGAAUCCAUUUACUUGAAACUUUCUAACUUGGGAGCUGUUUCAGCACUGAUAUCAGUAUCUGACUGAUGCCAUCCCUAGAUCAUUGUAAUUUAAUUCUUGAUGCUAGCUAGCUGGUCCUAAAAAUCGUGUGGCUGGAGCCUCUUUUUUCUUUUAAUAAGAACAGUACUACUAAUAGAAUUGAUUCUAGAGAAUAAUAAAAGGCAGCCAUCCAGCUCCCUAUCACUAGCUGCUUUGCAGCUUCUGAUCGUUGCUUU